UAGCCCAUAUCAGUCAUCAUCCGGGCAACAUUGAAACCGCUCAGUUCGUCUCGAAGAUCAACAAACAGCAAUCAUCAUGGCAACUUUUAAGAAAACAACGUUAGCUGGUGGUGGACGAAAAAAGACUGGACCUAAACCUGAACUAACUGAAGAACAGAAACAAGAAAUUAGAGAAGCCUUUGAUUUAUUUGAUGCAGAUGGGUCAGGGACUAUCGAUGCUAAAGAAUUAAAAGUUGCUAUGCGAGCUCUAGGUUUUGAGCCGAAGAAAGAAGAGAUUAAAAAGAUGAUUGCUGAGAUAGAUAAAGACGGCCAUGGUACGAUAGAUUUUAAUGAUUUUUUAACAAUCAUGACUCAAAAAAUGAGUGAAAAAGAUGCGAAAGAAGAAAUAUUAAAGGCCUUUAGAUUGUUCGAUGAUGAUGAAACUGGUAAAAUAUCUUUCAAAAAUCUUAAACGAGUAGCAAAAGAAUUAGGAGAAAAUCUUACUGAUGAGGAAUUACAGGAAAUGAUUGAUGAAGCUGAUCGUGAUGGAGAUGGAGAAAUCAACCAAGAAGAAUUCCUUCGUAUAAUGAAGAAAACUAGUCUCUAUUGAUCUGAUUGGUUCAUUUAAAUCAUCAUCAACUUGUUCAUUGGUCAGCAUUAAUGUCAGGUCACAACUGUUGGCAUGGUUACAAAUACAAGUUAUUGUACAUAUUUGUUUAUUUAUAUUUACUCAAAUUUUUAUUAUUAUACAAAAUCGUCUUCAAUUUCAUCAAAAUCAUUUCUUUCCAAUGCUGUUCUCUUCAUUCAUGCUAAAAGCUGAAAGUUCUGUAGGGUUGCAAGAGAUGAAAAGUAUUAGGAAAAUAACCUACUGUGACCAUUUUGAAUUGUUCCAACAAUAUUGUCAACAUUCCAACUUGAUAGUUCAACAUUUUUCAUUCAUUUCAACUUUACUGCAGGGGGGAACCAGAUUUCAUCAUUUUAGAUCAAGAUUGGUUUCAAGUGAAUUAAUUCUUCCAAGAUUUCUAAUUGGAAUUGAUAUCAUUCCUUAUACAAAUAUUUUUAAUAAGACAUUCAGAAAUGUAGAGAAUAGGAAGAGAAAUUGUCCUAAUAAUAAAAGAUAUAUUAUAUUUGUUUUAAAAAUAAAAACAUAUAUGAAAACUAAGAUUAUUAAUGGUAAAAGAAAAUGUCAAAUGAUGAUGUUUAUUAUAUUUUAAAAAGAUUACAUAUUAUUGUCAAAUGAAACCUUUGGUCUGGAACCACCAAUCAAACAUCUUUCCCUGAUAAUUUGAAUUCUGACAAUUUAAUAACAAUAGGGUUAUUCUGAUGUAUAUGUGACCAGCUCCCACGAAACCAGGUGUUUGUCGCACAACUUCAUUUUGUACUACGUGCACGGAAGCAUAAACUCUAUGCCGUCUUGUUGUUGUGAAUGAGCCGAACACCAGAUGAUACGACAAAUUAAGAAAGAAUUGUAUUUUUGGAAAGCUUAGGCUGUGGACUAUUUUAAUAAGCUGCCAGCUCUAUUUUUAUAAAAAUGACCAAGAGCCUGGUUUUGUGGGAGCAACUCACACAUGUAUAUGUAUAGUAUUAUUGUUUGUUGUAUGGUUUCUGUAUAUUUUCCAUAUGUGAAUAAAUCUUAGCAAAACUUUAAAACUUC